ACGUCUGUUUCUGUUUGUCAAUGGUGUUUGUGAUGUGUAUUGUUUUGAUAAGAAUAUUACAUAGUUAGUUGUUGAGAAAUUUGCUAUUUUAAAACAACGGAGCUAACAAUACUUAUUGUCCUAUAUCAUUGAAUUAUCAUCUCUUAAUCGUGAGAAUAUAAAGAACAGAUAGAGUGGCAUGAUGACUGAUGAUAGUGGGAGUAGUAUAACCAGAUGUGCUGAGCAAAGGUUACAGCUUCUCCAGGAAAUGAGAUGUCAAAACUUUGAUAUGAUAAGAUUUGCAUCCUACAGAACUGCUUCUAAGUUACGAUUUAUUCAGAAGAAAUUUCAUUUGCAUUCAGUUGAUAUUUGGAACGUUAUUGAAGCAUUUCGAGAGAAUGGUUUAAACACACUGGAACCCCAGACUGAAGUAAACGUUUCUCGACUUGAAAUGCUUGUGUCAAGUCUCUACCAUAAUCUUAACAAGAGGCUGCCCUUGGCCCAACAAGUCCAUGUAGAGUCACUCUCGAGCUUGCUCCUCAACUGGCUUUUGUCUGCUUAUGCCAUUGAAACUUUGGGUAGGAUUCGUGUGUUCUCUAUCAAAGUUGCACUGGCAACCAUGUGUGCGGGCAAAUUAAUGGACAAACUACGCUAUAUUUUCUCUCAGCUGUGUGAUGGAAACGGUCACAUGGUGGCUUGGAAGUUCUCUGAGUAUCUGAGAGAAGUGCUUUGUCUCCCUGCAGCUGUGUAUGAGUCUCCUUCCUUCAGUUACAAUGAUAAUCUGGCAACAGACAUUUUCUCAGGGAAUGGGAAAGUGACAGUAAAUGACUUCAUGGACACGAUGAUGUCAGACCCUGGCCCACACUGUCUUGUCUGGUUCCCUUUGUUACAUCGGCUGACCAGUGUUGAGAAUGUGGUUCACCCGACAGUGUGCGAUGCAUGUCAGCGAGAGAACUUCACUGGAUUCCGAUACCGAUGUCAGAAGUGCCACAGUUUUCAGAUGUGCCAGGAUUGUUUCUGGAGAGGUCGAGUAUCCUCAUCGCAUACCAUUGAGCAUGAGGUCAAGGAGUAUACUUCUUACAAAUCUCCGAGUAAACAAAUAGGCCAUUCACUAAGAAAAUCAUUUAGAUGUGUUCCUGAGAAAGGGAAAGCAUCCAUUCCACGUUUCCCUGAUGAGCCAGAAAAAACCAUCAACCUUUCCCAUAUUGUGCCUCCAUCCCCAUUGCCAUCGCAUAACGGGUUUCCUGAUGCUUAUGGGACAUCACCAUAUGAUGUAGGCUCAUUGGACAGUAGAUCUAAUGCUAGAAGUCCGGGCAAGUACACUGGCAGCCUGGACUGCUCUCGGAUGGAUGAUGAACACAAACUGAUAGCACGCUAUGCUGCGAGACUGGCUGCUGAAUCACGCAACUCUCAAGGACGGACAGCCUCGGAGGCAUCUCUGAGUUUGGAUACAUCCCGGGCUCAGAGGGAGCUCAUCACACAGCUUGAGGCCAAAAACCGGGAGAUCAUGCGGGAAAUAGCUAGGCUCAGGAGACAGCAGGAGCUGGAAGUGGGUUUGGAGGAUAACCCAGCUCUGAUGUCGGAGCUGAGAGCUCUGCGACAGAGGAAGGAUGAGCUGGAGACUCAUCUGACUUCGCUGCAAGACUCCAGGCGACAUCUCAUGGUGCAGUUGGAGGGUCUCAUGAAACUGCUCAAGAACCACCAGGCAUCACCACGGUCCACACCUAACUCAUCGCCAAGAUCGACCAAGUCACCCCCACCCUCCAGUCGGUCAGCACCCCCCACCCCCAGCACCAUGGGAGCACCUGGGGUCGGUCCUGAGCCCAUCUCCCUCUCCAAUGAUGUUCGGUCAGCUUUUGGUGGUUCUGCUUCUUUAUUAGGAGCGUCCAACAGUUCCCUGGCCAGCACCAGUAACGGAUCGACAAACAACAAUCCUGGAGCAGGUAGCAGGAGCUUGAGGAGUGAUCUGCUGGUGGCUGCUGAUUCGGUUACCAAUGCCAUGUCUACUUUAGUCAGAGAACUCAAUUCAGAAGGAUCAGACCAAGAGGAUGGCCAGGAGCAAGGGAACAUAAGGAAACCAUUAGAGUUUGAGGGUGAGAAUGAUGAAGAAGAUGAGGAUGAUGACAGAUGGGGAGAUGAGCUCUGUAACCGUUAUGACCAAGAGUCUCAGUUCCUGUCUACCCGAGCUGAGUACGAGAAUAUUAAUAAUGAAUAUCCUGGAGAUUCCAACAGCAUCCAGCAACCACAAGGUAGACUACGCGAAGGGGAGGAGCACUCUGAGCUAGACGAGUUGAUGCAGAUGAAUGGACGCAGACGAUGAGCUCAUUACCACUACCUUACCCUACCUUAUUGUACUCAACUUGUUCAUUAGCUUUGUUGUAUGUACUGCGCUUUCAUGUAGCUUUGUAUGUAUAGUAUCUAUUUACGGAUAGAGUUGUGAUCUUAUUUUAUUUAGUUCCUAUUCAUGUAGAGUUAUUUUCCUCACCAAAGAUCUGGAACAAACAUGGUUUUAUUUCAAUUAGUUUUCUGUUUUGUUAGUUAUAUUUAAUUAUUUAAAUUUUAUUGUUAUUAAUAUUAUUUAGAGUUUUACAAACUGUUGAGUACUGUCAAUAUAUCACUAGUGUCAAUAAUUCACUAAAUUCAAAGGUUAAAAAGCAUAUUCAUGAAAAAUUUAGAGCUUACAUCCCAGUCUGUCUAGUUGUGUGUGUAUAGAAAUAUAGAGACACUUAUUUUUCCCUCUUACAGCUUAGUCAAUGUUUAUUAUUGUUUGAGUAAAUUAAUAUAUUAGAGUAUUGAAGGACCCAACAAAAUGUAACGAAAGAGUUAUUGCACAGACGAUGAAUCGUUACUGUCCUAUGACCUCUUGACCCCAUACUAGUACUUCUUUGGGCCAAGAGAAAUCUAUACAUCAAAAGUUUCAAGUCCCUAGGAUUUUUCUGUCAAGUGUUAUCGCACAGCAGAUGGACAAUAAUAAUAUAAGAAGGCUCUGCCGGGUCUUUAAUAAUUAUCAAAUUUCACCAAAGUUUGUUGUAAAAUAAACUGAUCAAGUCUUUCACGAUAUUUCAUUGCUACAAGUUAGGUUGUGAUUAUUCAUUAUUCAGUGAAGCCCAUCACUCGAGAGGCUGGAAACAUUUCAUUUUUGUCUGUCUGCACGUUAUCUCGAAAACAAACUUAUAUAUAGGCUUGAAAUUUUGCAUGAUGCUUCAUUUCUACAUAGGCACCCCUGAGUUUGAUGAUCAUGCAUAUCACUCCAUGUUAUUUGGCUGAGCACUAGUAAAUAUUUUUACAUUAGUCUUAUGGGUAACUAUAAUGGCAAAAAGAAAAUAUCAGAAUAAAUCAAUUUGUAAACAAGCUGAUUACAACCAUAGGGAAAUUCAACAUGUUACUUCUUUCAACGAUGCUCAGCCAAAUUCCAUGGUUGAAUAUGCUCCAUCAUAGAAUUCAUUAUUGUAUAUGUAGAAAUGAAGUUUUACUCAAAAGUUCAAGUCUGCAGAUGAAAUCCUUCUCGAGAUAUCUUACCAUAUGAUAUAUAUUCACAUUUUUGGGUUCUUCAUCAAAUUGGGUUUCAUAUCAGUGUUAAAUAACAAAAGUCUUCACACCAAGUCAUCAUAAAAUGAUGUUGGGAUAGUUAGGCUGCAUAUGUGGUUGUAAGUCACAUUUUAAAUUUAACCUGUGACAUACAACUACAAGUCUGUGUGUUAUAAUGACAGAAAGACAGAUAUAUUUCUAGCUCUUUUAUAGGCUUCAAUAAUCUUAGCAAGAAGCAUUCAUUGUAAAAUGAAUCAUUAUGUUUGUUUUUUAAAAAGCUGUUAAUUAUUUGGUGAAAAUCUACACAAACACCAAAAGAGUGCUUGGCACUGACCGCAUGAUCCCCACAAUAAACGCUUUGCACUCAAAGAGUUAAGGGUUAAAAAUUGUUUUAUAGGCUACAUUACAUUCUUAACCCAAGUGCUCACAAAGUAUAACAUAUUACAUACAGUUUUUCAGAAAAAGCUACAGAAUAAGAAAAUAAUAAUUACAAUUAAUUUCCAUUUUAUGUUUAAAAGUUAUUGACGGUUUUGAAAACCUUAUUUUUACUUUUUUAUACCAAAGCACUUUACUAAAGAAACUCAAAUAAGAUUUCAAAAUAUGCAAAAUAAAUACAAAUUGAUUACAAGUAAAGAAUAGGUAUAGAACUUGCACAUUUACUUUUGUGUUGUUUUUGUUUUUGCCCACUCAAAAGGCCUAAAAAUCUGGCAAAGUCAAGCACUUGAGACGGUAGUUUUAAGAUGGAAAAUAUAAAGAUGGCAUGUGAAUAAAUUAAUAGUUCCGUUUUUCUAUUUAUCACUACAUAAAAUACAUAGAAAAAUAACAUAAAUUAUGGAUGUUAUGUAGUUUGCAGUAAACACUGACCUCAAAUCGUGCAUUGCAAUGUUAGCACUAUCGGUCACUCGCUGGCAUUGUGUAGCGUGAAGUCAGCACUUUUAGAGUUCAAAUUGUCUCUAUGUACAUAUACAUAGAUUACAGUAUUGCGUCAAAAUACAAUAAAGUAAAAAAUAAAAUAAUAAAUGGAAUAAAAUAAAAUAAUAAGUACAAUAAAAACAGUUGUUCAGAGCAUUAAUAAAAGAUUACAUAGGUUAUUAUUUUUUUGUAUCUUCUUGUUGGAGUCCUCCAAUUUAGAAUCUCAUACACAGUGUAAAAGGAUCUGUCCAGCAGCCACUGCAUCAGUAAUGUCUUAAAAAUAGAAAACAAAUAAAGUUGACCUGUUAUAUUUAUUAUUUGACAGUACUAUUGAUUGAACUAUUAAUUUGACAGUAAAACAACUCCUUGCACAGAGUGAGAAGAUUUGUCAAUAAUGCUUACAUGAAUACAGAAUAGUUUAAAAUUUUACUGAUUUAAGGUUUUUUCACAACUUUUCUUUCUAUUAAGGAAUGAGCUUGAUUUAUUUUGAGGUAGUUUAAAUAUUAAUAUUGUAUAAAAAAUGUAUUACUAUAGUAAUGGUUCAAUAACUUUGUUCAAAUAUCAUAGUGCGACUUUGAACAUUUUAAACUUAGAUUAAGAAAAAGUUUAUCAUUUAUAAAGAAGCAAACAUUAUUUCUUAUAACAAAUACCAACUAAUUCGUAAUUUAAUAAUCCAAAUUCAUUAAUGUGUGAUUGAAAUAUAAAAUUUGAAAUCUAUAUACCACAUUAAAUUUAGUUUUAAUUGUGGUUGGCAGUUUUUACUUAUCACUGGCACAAAGCACAAUGGUAUUUUUCAGUUUGUCAUAAAAAGUCCAGCAGUAAAAUGGUUAAUGAGGGAAGCAUUAAUAUACUCUCAGAUUAACAUCAUGUCAUGUUAAACUCACAUGCCUAUGUAUCAUCAUUGUGGGGAUGUAAAAUAUUUCAUUCUGGUAGAUAUAAGUAGUGAAACGAAUUUCUCAUAUUUGGGUACUAUUAAACAAAUUUAUACUCAACAGUUUGUACAGCAUUUUAUAGUUUGUUUUUACUAUCAAUUAAUUUAAAUUUUACAUAAAUAUAUUGAUUUUGUUUUUUGUGUUAAUUAAACACAUGUAUGUUUUAAGUAAACCUUGGGUGAUAGUAAGUUAUCUUCUAUAUAUUAUAAUUUAUUUCCUAUUUGAUCGAAACGCUUUAUUUAAUUAAAUACUCACUCAUUCCAAAAGCUUGUUUUUAGAUACUGUGCUAUUACAUUCUUUUAGAAGAAAAAUUAAAUUAAUUAUUUUUGUAUUGAAUUUACUUGUUAAUUUCGGAUAGAUAAGCUUUCUCCAAAGUGCUUUGUAUCAAUGAAUUUUACUGUAAUAUGAGAAUAACUAGAUAUUCAACAUUUACUCUUCAAGGUAAUAGAUAUCUAGUCAAAUAAAUAUUACCCAUGGUGCAUUUACUUUUAAGAUAUUUUUAACCUGUGAUGAAUAUUUAUAAAUUAAAUAUCUUAUUUUGUUUUGAUAUUACAUUCCUGAAUUGUAGAUGGCAAUUUUCAAACAAGCCACACAGUAAAACAAAAUUGCUUUUUUUUGCUUUCAAAUUGUGUGAAAAGGAAGAUGUUUUUGAGUAGAAAAUAACAUCAUAAAACAGUUGUACAAACUGCAAAUCUUUAUUAUAAACAAAUUUAAAUCAAUAUUAUUUUAAAAUAUUUAAAUAGGUUUUUGUUUUCCAAUUUAAGACUCGUCAUAAGGUAUUUAUUUAAUUUGUAUUUUGCAAUACUAAUGUUAAUUUUUACAAUUAGCAAUCAUCCAACACUACAUCAAAGUUAUGUUUUCAAAAAAAAUGUUACUGCUUUCAAAAUUCUGUCAUAAUAGUUGUUGUGAAUAAAUGUUGAUGUGAUAAGUAACAAGUCGAUAUUGAAAUAUGCCAUCUUGCAGAGGACUAUGUGUAAAAUAGACUUUAUUAAGCGUUCUCUGUAAAUAAUGUUAUACCUCAUGGAUUAGUUAUUGUAAAAUGUAUAUUGUGUAAAGUUGUAUCUUAUGUAUACAUAUUUAACUCUGCGUUUACGCAGUUAGUCUAAGAAGAUUAGCUCAUGAGAUAUAUAAGAAUGUUAUGAUAUCAUGAUGUUAUUUAGUGUAAAUAUAUUGUACAUAGCUGAAGUAUUUCAGGUUGUUUAAUUACUCAAGCAACAAAAAAAUGUCUCAAAUAUUAUAGGUAUAAAUAUAUUUACAGUGUGUAAAAUACCUCAUAACUCGGAGAUGUACAAGUACAGAUAGCUUCAGUCGAAUUCAGUUCAUUUUGUUCACAUUCGACCAUCGAAUCAAGUCAAGUUGAGCAUCAACUGUCCAAACACCAUCCCAUUUACUGUAUUACAGAGGACUUUGGUUUUGGAAAUUUGUAGCAAAAAUUACUUGAAAUAUUGGAGCAACAGUUGACAUACACCCUUGAACAAUCUCUUUUACUACAUUGAGAAUCAAAAUAAAAUCCUAUAUUAAUUUUUUCUCAUUAUUAUAAUGAUUAUUUUAUCCCUCAGAAAUUACUAUAAUAUAUUUAUUUUUGUAAAAGUAUAUUCAACCUAAAUUCCUAAAAAUUUAACACUAAUUCCUUCAACAGCACAAAGUAAAAAAAUAUCUGAAGCAAAGUCAAGUAUAAACUUAAAAAACAAUUAUUUUAAUAAUUGUCUUUCUUGUGCACUUGUAACCAACCAAAUUUGAUAAUCUUAAUACGUGUCCAAAAAUAGUUACCAAUAACAAACAUAAAAAUAUAUCUCACUUACUUUUACUUUAAUAAUAAUUAAGAUCAAUUAAAAAAAGUCCUGAAUACAUCUUUUAUCCUGAAAAUAUAGCAGAAAUACAAAUACCAUCGCUUUUUUGUCAAGCACAAUGACUUAUUGCAUAGAGUGAUCAUCUUAGAGCUAACAAUUAUUCAUAAUAAGUUUGGAUGUUAUGUUUUGGUUGUUUAGUGGAUUCACCAUUAGGGUUCUCGGCAGCAACUACAAGUAUAAAGUGCGGUGUGAGAGCUGUGCAGGAUCGGGUUGUCCAUUCACCCACUCCACGUGUGGAAUUUAGGUGGCCCGCAGUUACAUAUACAGGCUGCAUUGUUUGAUCAUGUUCAUUAGCCUCAAAGAUGCGCUCUCUGGUAGUUUUGCUACUCCUGGCAUUCAUCUCUGCUGUCGCUUCAGAGUUGUUGGAUUUGGGAAGUUUUUGUUUUUGGAAUGCCCAGUGUGAUUCCAAUAGCUGCAAUGACAUAGGUGUGUGCAACGAUUAUGAUGGGUACAUUGUCAAGGACAAGAGCACUACCAUGUCAGUGAUCAGCAAGGACAAAGUGAUCACACCUCAAGUUUAGCUUCUAUUCGACAGAAUUUAAAAGUUACAAUUCAAUUAAAAUUUGUAAUGAAAAAAUAA